AUGGUCAAACUCGACAUCAUCACAACUGCCAAUGCUGCAUUCAUCAAGCAACAGCCUCUUACUGCCGUCUUUGUGGGUGCGACAAGUGGUAUCGGCGAAUUCACUGUUCGCGAACUUUGCAAGACGCAUGGCAGUGAUGGCCCAGGUUUGAGAAUCAUUCUCGUCGGACGCAAUGCGAAAGCCGCCCACGCCAUCAUCCACGAUUGCCAAGUCUUGUGUCCUUCAUCAGAAUUCCAUUUUGUCCAACUAGACGAUCUCAGUCUCCUCCGCAGUGUAGAUCAAGCAUGCGAAAAGAUCAAAACGAUCUUAAAUGCCACAAAGAAGCCCGUGAUCGACCUCUUGAUCCAAAGUCAAGGCAAAGUCGAAUUCGGCGGUCGCAUCGACACAAAAGAAGGUCUAGACAGAUCCAUGUCCCUGCUCUACUAUUCCCGCGCCCGCUUCAUCACAAACCUCCUCUCCCACCUUCUUGCCUCUUCUCUUCCUACAGGCGCAAAAGUGAUCUCCAUCUACGCCGCCGGUAGCGAAACAUGGGGGACCCUACACGGCAACGACCUUCCUCUCAGCCAACCCGGAAACUACUCAUUUGGAAAUUGUCGCACUCAUGCCGUAGCCAUGAAAACAAUGUUCUUUGAAUCUCUCGCCGAGAAACAUGCUGGAAAACUUGCUCUGAUCCAUAUAUAUCCUGGUCUUGUGGUACAUGGAGGAUUCGAGAAUUCAGAUUUUCCUUUGUGGUUUAAGAUUGUGUGGAAGAUUGUGAAGCCGUUUACGAGGUUCUUCCCGAAUUACAGCACUGCUCAGGUCAUUGGGCAGAAAGUCUUGUUUUUGGCUACGGAGAGAUAUCCUGCUAGGGGCAAGGGAAAUGUUGAGGGUGUGGUUGAGGGCACUGAUGGUGUGGAGGGUGGUGGUGCUUAUUCAGUGACUUAUACUGAUGAGACGAAUGAUGUAAGCAAGUUCUAUCAGAAACUGCGAGGGCAGGGUUUCAAGGAGGAUGUUUUGCGCCAUACUGACCAAGUCUUUGGGGAUAUCAAUGCGAAUGGCGCCUUCGAAGUGAAGAAGACCGCCUGA